GAGACAGAGAGACAGAGAGACAGAGAGAGACAGAGAGAAUGGAAAAGGUGUCCAUGCACGGUGGUCUUAUACUUAGUCUUGGCCUGGUGUUGAUGAUCACUGUGCAACCAAAUGGAGCAGCGGCUGCUUGGCUUAAAGCCCACGCAACUUUCUAUGGCGGAAGCGAUGCUUCAGGAACAAUGGGAGGAGCAUGUGGAUAUGGGAAUCUGAACACAGAUGGCUAUGGAAUCAAGACGGCGGCGCUGAGUACGGCUUUGUUCAAUGAUGGCAAGUCGUGUGGUGGAUGUUAUCAAAUAGUCUGUGAUGGCACACAGGUUCCUCAGUGGUGUCUCAAGGGCACUUACAUUACCAUCACUGCCACCAAUUUCUGCCCGCCAAAUUAUGCUCUCCCCAGUGACAAUGGCGGGUGGUGCAAUCCCCCAAGGCCUCACUUUGACAUGUCUCAACCUGCAUUUGAGACCAUUGCCAAGUACAGUGCCGGAAUUGUUCCUAUUUUGUACAGGAAGGUUGGAUGCAAGAGAAAUGGAGGCAUCAGAUUUACCAUCAACGGAAGGGACUACUUCGAGCUCGUCCUCAUAUCUAAUGUAGGGGGAGCUGGAGAAAUCUUGAAUGUUUGGAUCAAAGGGUCCAAGAUGAACAAUUGGGAAACCAUGUCGAGAAACUGGGGGGCAAACUGGCAAAGCCUCAGCUAUCUCAACGGCCAGAGCCUGUCCUUCAGAGUCCAGGCCAGCAAUGGCCGAACCGUCACAGCCCUUAAUGUGGUGCCUUCAAAUUGGAAUUUUGGCCAGUCCUUUUCUAGCAGCACCCAAUUUUAAGAAGACGGGUGCAAAUACUACGAUUGAUGCAGCCUCAUCAAUCGACUAUAGAAAGGUUGCUUAUCUCCCUUUGCCGUAUGUAUAUUUCCAUUUUUACACCUCAUUUUACAAUUGUAUACAUGGGGUUGUGCCGAGUAUCUUCAAGGACCAACCCAUGAUGCAGAACUUUUUGAAGCUGGAGCUCUUAGCCGAUGCUCAAAAGUUCA